AUGGUUGAUACAGAACUGCGAGAAGCACGAAAUGUUGAACGGACCUGGUUCCUAUUGUUUGUUUAUGACCGCAGUUUGAGUCUGCAAACCGGGAAACCUUGGAUGAUUGAGCGAAGUGGCUUCAUUGAGAGCAUUGAGCAUUGGAGCAAAGAACGAACAGCUACGGCAAACGAUACGCUUCUAGCUGCUUUUGUUACGCUUCGCCUCUUGACGUCGGAGGUCUUCAAAUUGCUUGGUCUGUGCCGUCAUGGUAGCUCAUUUGAAAAUAUCAAAUCAUUUCUGACUAUAAUUGGCAAUCGCAUCAACGAAUGGGAAGACAAGUGGAUGGAAGCAUGUGGCGAUGAGUCUGAAAGCUGCCAUCCCUUCUUGAUCCGGUUUUAUGGCACUCCUCUUCGACUCCAAUUAUAUUCACUACCCUUGCAAGAAAUACUCGGAUCCAACGACGAUAAUUUCGCUUUCGACAUGGCACCAUUAUGGGAAAGCUACUCCAACGCUAUUGUAAUGUUGAAACUGGUUUGCCAUUUUUCAGCUCGGUUAUAUUUUGCACAAGACUCUAUACAUGUCAUGACGGCAUACUCGGCGGAUUUUUUGAUCAAGGUACGGCUUUGCACGUACAUAUGGAUAAAAUCAUUCUGUUUCUAA